AUUUAAAAUAUAUACAUAUGUACGCAUCUCGCUCGCCAGAGGACAGUUUAUAGAUAGUACGAUAACAGCGGCACGUGUGUCGUAUGUGUCAUGGCGAAUGGUGUUGUCAGAAACGCCGCAAAUUGAGCGUCUCGUGUCGCUUGGUCGUAAAACUGACGUAAACUGACUUAAAACCGGCACUAUGAAAGAGGAUUCCGUGUUGAGUUUCAAGUGGCAGAGCUUUCCGUCACACAUGGUGGUCUCCCUCGACACAUGUUACGAGAAACAACAGUUCGUCGAUCUAUCGCUGGUGUGCAAAGACAAUACAAUCCUGAAAUGUCACAAGAUGGUACUUGCCAAUUCCAGCUCGUUCUUCCGCCGUUUGAUCAUGGCCAAUGAACAUCCGCAUCCGAUGAUCGUCCUGCACGACGUCGAGGCCGACGAUCUCAAGACCCUCGUUAACUUCAUGUACUGCGGCGAGAUACAGGUAGUUCAGAGCGAGGUUAGGAGGCUGCUGAAGCUCGCCGAAACCCUGGAGGUCACCGGAUUGCGACAUAUUCCGUUGACGGUACUGCCCGGAGAAGGAGCGAACAACACUGCGAAGGAGCCCUGCGACGUAUCGAAAAAGACCGCCACGGUAUCACGAUUAAAGGUAGAAGAAGCCAGGAGCCUGUCCAGCAAAAAUACCACCCCUGAACACGAAACAAAUGCAAAAGCGCAGAGCAAAGUACCAGCCGUGCAGCCAAAGCUUAUUCCGCUGAAGAUAAAUCCUCACAAGCCACCGAUUAAAAUUCCUCUCGAGACGACGAAGAAGAAGGAAGAGAUCAAUAUAAACGAGCUAUGUCAACGAUUGGAGAACAGCAAUUCCGGUAUCAGUAUUGUAGACAUUAACGACAUGCCGAGUACGAGCAAAGGAUUGCCAAAUAUACCUACACUACAGAAGAGAAAAGAACCCUCGGAUCCUGUAAUCAGUUGGCCACGAGUAUUAUCUACGAUAUCAACGGAUAAGCUACCGUUAAAAAAAAUUCGUUGCAUCAUGGACGAAAUAGAGAUUACAACAGGAAAUUCUUCUGCCCCUGUACUGGACAAUAAACAAAAUGAGCCAUUAGACAGGAGGAAAGUUAAGAAGAAUUCCAAUGAAGAUCAUAAUAUAAACACAAUUUACAUAAAGGAUGAAAUUGAUAUAUCUUCGGAUGUGGAAGAUGAUGUUGACAUGGAUCCUCUUGAGGUUGACGAUAAUGACAAUGAGAAUUCAGAAAGCAGUAAAACACCCACGCAACAGUUCUAUCAACAGAUGGUGCUCCGUACAUCAAACAGAAAUCGUUCACACACAGAAUUUUCUGCUAGAAAAGGUCCAAACAGUUAAUGUAAAAUUUCAUAAACUGAAAACGAAUUAUGCACAAGUCUCAUUUUAUCAUAUUUUUGAUGCAAUAUACUAAAGUAUAUAAAUAUUAAAACAUUCAUGACACUGUUAAAAGUCUGAAACAAUUACCUAACUGGUGUCAUCUUCAGUGUUUUGUUAAAUAUUCAAUCGUAUUGCUUUCAUUAUAAAACUAUGUAAAGCGAGACUUAUUUUACAAUUUAACAUCCUGUUCAAAUAAUAUUCUGUAAAUAUUUUUAG